CUUUGGAAAGGAGGUUCGCAGCACCCUGAGGGAGGCGGCGAACCAGCUGAGCAACAAACUUUCGCACGCUCAGCACCUGGACGAGGUCACAUGGACCACCAAGAACUGGCACGGGCUGCAGAUGCAGCGCUUGUCUGUCGUCCUCCACACCGCCGUGGCGUGGCAGACGGUGAACGAGCUAGCUGCGGGAAAAAUCCCGCCGUCUAACUGCCAUGUCACGGCCGGUCGGCUGGUGCUCUCGCCUCGCUGGCGGCGCGGUCUGGUGCCGCGGAGCCCAGCUCUCCUGUGGGCUCGCGGCGGCUCGCCGCCGCGGUGCCGAACAAUGUGAUCAGUCCGGAAUUGUCCCGGCGUGCCGCCAGUGCCGCUUCUUCGCCGAUUUUUGGCUCGACCAGUUUGUCGACAAAGUUGCCUCCGAGCUCCUGCUGCUCGACUGCGCGGCGGAACCGGCCCAUCGCGGCUGAGACGUGAUGCGCCGGCACCGGGGCAACGGCGCGGGACCAUUUCCAGGCUCUCUCGAGCAACCUCAAAUUUGGCCGAUUUUGUGGAUCUCAACCCUGCUGCUCUCUGACCACAACCUCGCGGCCCGCUGCGCGGCUCUCCGAGCGCGAGAGGAGUCGUCUACGAGGCGGCGGCGAGCGCAGGCGGCGGCGGCGCGGCGGCGCGGCGGCGGAUCGCGGCGCAGACAACGGCAGCAAUCUGGCUGCUGCUUGCUGCUGCAGCAGCUGCUGCUGCGGCUGCUGCUCCGCUGCCGCUGAUUGUGGACACGAUUCCCCCGAUAACCCUGCC